UCUUUCUUCUUUCUUCUUUCGCCUUCCCACCAUUGUUGCAACUCUGCAAACUCCAAUACCCACGUUUUAAGUUCCAAUAUUUCGUAUUCGGGUCUCUCUUACUCACUUCGAAUGUUACCUUUAGAUUAUCAUUAUCACUAUUUCUCAGCUUUAACCCACACGAAAUUUAAACCCUACCAACCAUUUUCCCGCGCAAGUUCUAGGGUUUCUCUUCCCUCCCUCUACGACACCCUCCAUCGUUUCCGAUGCCCAAUUUUUCCCGACGGUCCUCUUAGGUACGGAUUGUGGGGUCACCACCGAUCAUCAUGGGCGUGUCGUUCUGCCGGAGAACCAGAUUCUGCGGCCGAUUCCGGCGAGGAGAAGACCGAGGAAGACGAUGCCGGUUCGAACCGGCGGAAGGACGGGUGGUGGUCGCGGUGGCGCCGGUUGCGGUGGCGGUGGCAGCCACUGAUUCAGGUUCAGGAAAUUGGGAUUCUGCUUUUGCAAAUAGGGAUUGGGUUCUUCGUCAUGCGGUUGUUACGACCCGGAACCCCACUGCCCGGGUCGGACCCGAAGGCUCCGACGGUGUUUGUGAGUGUGCCUUAUAGCGAGUUUUUGAGUAAGAUCAAUAGUGACCAGGUGCAGAAAGUGGAGGUGGAUGGGGUCCACAUCAUGUUCAAGUUGAAGGCUGGCGUUGGAACAAGCCAGGAUGGUGGUGGGGACGAUGUUGCAGGGAAUGGUGGUAGUAGUAGUAGUAAUAUUAUUAGGAUGCAAGAAUCAGAAUCCUUGGUGAAGAGUGUUGCGCCAACUAAGAGGAUAGUUUACACUACCACAAGGCCAAGUGAUAUUAGAACUCCCUAUGAAAAGAUGCUGGACAAUAAGGUGGAGUUUGGGUCCCCGGAUAAGCGAUCUGGUGGAUUCUUUAACUCUGCACUGAUAGCCUUGUUUUAUGCUGCUGUGCUUGCUGGGCUUCUCCAUAGAGUCCCUGGAAGCUUUUCUCAGCAUACAGCUGGUCAGAUUCGGAACCGCAAAUCAGGCACUUCUGCUGGUAGGAAGUCAUCUGAUCAAGGAGAAACAGUAACUUUUGCUGAUAUUGCUGGUGUUGAUGAAGCUAAAGAGGAGUUAGAAGAGAUUGUGGAAUUUCUUCGAAAUCCAGACAGAUACGUAAGGCUUGGUGCUCGCCCACCUCGUGGUGUUCUUUUGGUGGGUCUUCCUGGCACAGGUAAGACUUUACUUGCAAAGGCUGUGGCUGGGGAAGCUGAUGUGCCAUUUAUAAGUUGUUCUGCUAGUGAGUUCGUAGAAUUGUAUGUUGGUAUGGGUGCCUCCCGUGUUAGAGAUCUAUUUGCAAGGGCAAAAAGGGAGGCUCCCGCCAUAAUCUUUAUUGAUGAGAUAGAUGCUGUUGCUAAAAGUCGUGAUGGAAAAUUUCGCAUGGUCAGCAAUGAUGAACGGGAGCAAACCUUGAAUCAGUUGCUCACUGAGAUGGACGGGUUUGAUAGCAGUUCUGCAGUGAUUGUUCUUGGAGCUACUAAUAGGUCAGAUGUCUUGGACCCCGCACUUCGACGGCCAGGAAGAUUUGAUCGCGUCGUUAUGGUAGAAACACCCGAUAGGAUUGGAAGAGAAGCCAUCCUAAAAGUUCACGUUUCCAAGAAGGAACUUCCUUUAGCCAAGGAUGUUGACCUUGGUGACAUUGCUUGUAUGACCACUGGUUUUACUGGAGCUGAUCUUGCAAACCUUGUAAAUGAGGCGGCUCUACUUGCGGGAAGACAAAAUAAAACUGUGGUGGAAAAACUUGAUUUCAUCCAAGCUGUAGAAAGAUCUAUAGCUGGCAUAGAGAAGAAGACUGCCAAGUUGCAAGGAAGCGAGAAGGCUGUAGUUGCACGACAUGAGGCUGGUCAUGCUGUAGUAGGUACUGCAGUUGCAAAGCUUCUUCCUGGACAACCACGUGUUGAGAAGCUAAGUAUAUUGCCAAGGUCAGGAGGGGCUUUGGGAUUUACUUAUAUUCCUCCAACAACCGAGGAUAGAUACUUGCUAUUUGUUGAUGAGUUGCAUGGUCGCCUGGUUACCCUUCUUGGAGGACGUGCUGCUGAAGAAAUUGCUUUUUCUGGUCGAGUAUCAACAGGAGCACUUGAUGACAUACGACGGGCAACUGACAUGGCAUACAAGGCUAUAGCUGAAUAUGGUCUUAAUCAGACCAUAGGCCCUGUUUCAAUAGCCACACUUUCUAGUGGUGGAGUUGAUGAGUUUGGGGGAGCAGUUCCUUGGGGAAGGGAUCAGGGACAUCUUGUUGAUCUUGUUCAAAAAGAGGUGCAAACAUUACUGCAGUCUGCACUGGCUGUAGCACUAUCCAUUAUCCGAGCAAAUCCAACUGUUUUGGAGGGUCUUGGUGCUGAUUUGGAAGAAAAGGAGAAAGUUGAGGGUGAAGAGCUACAAAAGUGGUUAAGAAUGGUGGUAGCACCAACAGAGCUUGCCACCUUUGUCAAAGGUGCACAACAACCUCUUCUCCCAUCGUAAGACAUACCUGAUAGUCAAGAUCUGUCUGUUAUAACUUAUGUGGACUGUAACUUGGGAUAUGAGUUGACAUCAUUUCCCUGAAGACAGUGAAGUUAUAUCUCAAAUAGCAUGAAUUCACCAUUACAACUAUGUACAGUUCUGUAAGGUGAAUUUUUGGCAUCGUUUUUAACAAGUAGCCAGCCUGUUGUUUGUGUUAUAAUUCACUCUCCAAAGCCAUGGGAAAUGGAAAGGUGCAAAAUUUACUCAUUAAUUGGUGUCCCUUUAUUACAUAAAUGUUGUUAGCUGAAUUUUGUUUUUACACUGACAAUUAUUGUGGUCACAUGUGAUUGCCUGCAAAUGUAAUUAUUUCUGUACAGUU